UAGUCUGCAGAUUAAUGUUAUAGAGUUCACAUCCUUGUUCUGUCCCAGCUCCGGGGCAGUGAACACCCCUUGGAUUAAUUUUGGGCCCAGAGUAGAAAUCGAUGCACUUUCCAAACCUGCCAGACAGCUGAGCGUGUGACUGGAGUAUCUCAGAGCUGCUUGUAAUGACGAUUACUGGAGAUCUGUAAUCGCUGGGUUGUUUCUACUCUUCAGGUAAUGGAAGGUUUAAAAGAGAAAGUUGUUAUGGAAAAGUGAAAGAAUUCAAAGUUGGCAGACAGCCUGCUCACAGCCAGCUCUCCCAUCUCAACUCUGAAUUCUGUUUUCUGAAGAUUUCAGGUGUGAGCAUCGCUGACUAUUUAUUUUCAGAGGGCAUUUAAGAGUCAACCACAUUGCUGUGGGUCAUAGACCAGCUACUGGCCUUACCAUUCAGGACAAUGACUGAAGCAAGCGAACUGGUAGCAGGAGAUGCAGAGGUCGGGCUGCGGAGUCACAGACUGCUGGAGAUGUGCCUCCUUAUUGGCGCUCCUCCCAAAACCCUGCGGGACAUGGUGCAAGAUCUACACAAAGGUGUCUCUGAAGCAAUAGACGUCAUCCCAGAGGUUCUGUCCAUUCACGCGCCACCAUUCAUUGGACCUCAAACAAAUCUGCACACCCAUUGCCAGAGCCCAUCAAGAAAGCCCGAGGAGAUCACUGGACCAACAUUCCCUUCAGGGCAGCUCUUUGGAAACAUGGAACUUUUUAAGGAGCACCUCAGCGUUCCAAGGGGAAUUGAGCUGUGUGGACUGCCAGAGCUGUGUUUCCCAGAUGGAUUUAAAAUUCAGAUGGAAGAGCAGGACGAGUCUUUCCAUUUCCUGGUUCUGACAGAUCUCCUGGGGAACAGACAGCAGGGAGUGGUGCUUCACAUUCACAGAGAGAUAAAGGAGAGCGAUCUCUAUCAGGCUCCUCCAGAAGGCUCGGAGUUGGCAAAACACCCUGCAGAAUCUCUCCGGGUCUUUGUCCCCUAUGGAAUCUGUGUUAUCACCAAAUUUCCAUAUUACACUGUGUUGAAAGAUUGCCUUUCCUGCCUGCUGCUCGACAUAAAGGCCUGCGGAGAGAGAGAGUUUGAGAUGAAGGUGAAAGAAUUUGCUGCUCAGUUGGCUCUGGUGCCAUGUCCACCACCUGGUUCCCUCCAACUGUGUUUUGAGCUGGGGCCUCUCAGCAUUGUGCUUUCACCUCCUGAAGACAUCGACAGUCCUGUUAUUGACAUUGGCCUACAUGUCCCAUUCCUUUGCUUCAAACCAGAAACCAUACUGCAGAUUCUGACCUACAUCCUGAUAGAGCGAAGACUGGUCUUUUUCUCCAGUAACUGGCCGCUGCUGACACUGGUGACUGAAUGCUUUGUACAUUAUCUGCACCCUCUCCAAUGGCGACAUCCCUACAUCCCAGUGCUGGCCAAUCAGAUGCUGGACCUGGUGAUGGCACCCACUGUCUUCCUCAUGGGCUGUCACUCGAGACACUUUGAAACCAUCAAUGAGGUGGAAGAGUUAGUUCUAGUGGACGUUGAUAACGGCACAGUCCUGACCACACAACAUAAGGGGCUUGAGACCCCCCACCUGCCCACAGCUGCAGUAGAAGAAUUCUUAACCAGCACCCAGCAGCUCAGGGCAAACACCGAACUGGCUUCGGCCCAUCUAGCUUCACACACAAACCUAGCCGUGGCUCGAGAGAAGAAGCGGUGUCAGAGGCAGCAAAUGAACCGACGGGUCCGACAGAUAUUCCUGCAGCUCAUCGGGAACCUCCUCAGGGAUGUCUCCAAACAUUUGAACCUUAAGCAUCGUGUGUUCAUCAAGAAGGAGUUUCUGGACUCACGCCAGCCAGCCUCUCAGCCCUUUUACAAUAGCUUCCUGAAGACCGAUCUCUUCCACUGCUUCCUCAAGUCGCGACUCAAUAAGAAAGUGGAUGCAUUCACCCGCUGGGAGAGGACUGAUUCAAACAGGGUGAGCUGGGACCACACCAUGAGCUCUCAUUCAUCGGCCACUCUCUCUUCAGACACACUGAGGAAGAGAAAGGAUCAAACACUUCAGUCUCGCCAGAUGUUGAGCACAAACGAUGAGACAGGAUCCCCCAACUCAAUAACAUCCCGCAACUCAUUCAAACUCACCAGAACUCCAGGAAGAAUUGUGAAGGCCCCACUCAGAACACUACACCUCCCUUCAUUCCCCUGUGAUCCUUUGGAUUCUCUCAGUGUCUCCCUGUAUUACACCAAACUGAUUGUCCAGAUUAGCAGAGCCAUUGACCAGACAGGAACAGAUGACUCCGAGGCCCUGGCUGUCUGCUUCUACCUACGUGGGAUUGUCCGUCUUGCCCAGGGACAGUCGCUGCAGGCUCUGCUGGAUUUCCAAAACCUGGAGAAGAUUAACAUGAACUUCUUCCCCUGGGAUCUGGUCAAGCACACGCUGGAAUCAAUGUCUCCCGAGCAGCUCCAGAAUGUACAGGAGACUGAGGAGCUAAAGGGUCUCUUCUACGGCAUCAUGGAGAAACACUGGGACACAGUCAGGCAGGAGGAAAGUGUAAAGAACUAUGAGCUGCCCAAGAUGCCUCUCAACAAGCAGGAUUUUGGAAUCCACAUCCAGGCUGCAGGGAUAGUCAGUAAUCCCAACAGCACUGACCGGCUGUUUGACAUCCUCACAGGAGGGCAGCAGAAGUUUAUUGAGCCAAAGAUGUUCAAUGAGCUCUACUCCCACUGGAACAAGAUUAAAUCGGAGGUGGACAGCAUCACACUGGCACCUGAGGUAAUGAAGAACCUGCUGGAAAAUGAGCGCAUCUCAAAGGUCUCGAACCCGGUGAAGACCAGCUACGGACUGGGCCGUGUGGUGAUGAGUCAGAAGCGCCUGUUCCUCCUGAUGGAGGCGCACCCAUACUGCAAGGAGAUUGCUCGCUUCCGAGAUAUCGAGGAGGUAGAAUCCUGUUUACCGGUGUCCGUCUUUCCACUGAAGAUCCUGGCCCUGAGGAUCAAGGUCCGGGACAAGAAGGAGCCCUUUAUUGCCAACCUCAAGUCAGAACGGGAUCUGUGGAAGGUGAUUAUCCGGGAGAUGUGUGCGGGGAAGUUCCUGGCAGAGAGGCACAAGGACCCUCAGUACAUUCAACAGGCGAUCAACAAUAUCCAACUCAUCAAUGCAGUGGCAAAGUGCAGACUUCACCAGCGGCCAAUGAGCAUCGCCUCCAAACUGGCAUAUCUGGAUCAAACUGCCGGAGAAGAGCCACCCACUGUACCAAAGAUGACAUCUGAUGCCCUGAAGCACACCCUUCAUCUCUCUGAUUCCAAUUCUACUUCCUAUGCAGUUGAUGUCCUACUGUAUGUUCCUGGUAAUCUGGACCCAUGUGAGAGCGCAGACACACACCCGAAGCUCUGGUGUACGUUGAGCGAUGGGAGAGUGAUGAUGUACAAUGCAGCCACUUGGAUCAUGGAGCAGCCACCCAUCCAGGCAGGGCGCUCAAAACUGAACUGUAUGAUUGGCAUCGGGCAUGAGCAGGUGUGGCUGGGAUCGGAGGAUUCCUUCAUUUACAUCAUCGACGCGCUUAACAUGACCUGCAACAAGAGGCUGGUGGGACAUCGGAAUCAGGUGUCGGAUAUGAUACAGGAGGAGAAAGAGGGCAGAACCAGUCAGAUCUACUCCUGUAGUCUGGAUGGAUCCAUUGUUCUCUGGGAUCCGGAAGUGAUGGAGAUGAAGAGUCAGUUCCAGUUACCUCAGUGUUGGAGGCUCACAUCCAUUUCCCUCCAUCAUGACCUGCUCUGGUGCUGUGUUGAGUACAGCCUGUUGGUCCUGGCCCGGGAUGGGACGCAGAUGCAUGAGAUAACCAUCACACCCAGUCCUGACAGUGGAUCCAUCCUCAUGACCUACUUUCUCAUCAUCCCUCAGAGAGAUGAACUGUGGAUGGUUUGCAGUCAGCGAGCAAACAUAUACAUCUGGAAAACUGACAAUCUCACCGAUCCAAUCAAAAUAAUCCCACUACCAGGCUGCACUGAAAUAGUAUGCAUGCUUCAUGUCAAAAAGCAGAUCUGGCUCGGAGGGGGAGUGACAACUGACCAGACCAAGGGACGGAUUUACAUUGUCAACUCGGAGAGGUAUUCGCUGGAGAAAGAAUUGGAGGCUCCUUGUGGUGCUAUUGGAGCUUUGUGUUCAGCUGAGGAUCGCUACGUGCUGAGCGGGACACAGGACAGCAAGGUUGUUAUCUGGAAGGUGGACUGAGGGCUUACAGACUGACUGACUGACUGCGGGGUACAGAGCCACCUGUCUCGCUGCGUUUGAUGGUUUUUUUUAUGUUACACUGGUUUGGGCUAGUGUUGGAUGGGCUUCAUUGUUCUCUCCCUCUGUCCCCCCCUUUUGCCGGGGUGGAAGGGUGGUUGGCAGAGCAACAGUAAGUGAGCAACCGCCCUUCCACACCCACCCCUCUCUACCCCACCCUCCACCCACCGGAGAUUUAUUCAGUCAUGCAAUUUUGCCCCUCCUCCCCCCAACCCCCACCCCCUCAGAAAAUUUGGACCACGCCUCACAGGAUCAAAGGACCUGGUUGUCAACUGACUCAUAGCCCUGGAGAGAUACAUGGCCAUACCUCUCCUGAGGCCAGAACCAAGCAUCAGGAUGAUCAUUACAAAUGGGGAAGCAAUUGGGAAUAAAAACAGUCAUCUAACAUUCCAUUGUAUUUAAUCUCAUUUAAGCAAUGGCUUAACAACAUAAUGAAACCUGUGUUCUGUGUGGAUGGUUCUACAAAUCAACAGUACCAGAAUUAUCUGGUCCCAUCUCUGCUGCCUCCCCUGACCAGCUUUCUCCUCUAUCCUCACCUUACUGAACAGUCUUGAUGGGACCGGGCGUCUGAGUGGGAGCGUGAAGGACGGUCGGAAUGAAAUCUUCAAAUUACAGCCCACCAGCAAAAAGGAUCCAUUCUCAAACUCUGAGGCAACAUGUAACGGCAUUCCUUGUUUCAGGCACUCAAUAUUAUUAAGGAUGAGAGAUUUUACAUACAGGGCAACAAAUGUUGAGGAAUGACAGACGGAGGGCCGGGAGCUUUGUGCAUACGAAAUGAAGUGGAUAAGUAUUUCAAAAAGAAGCGUGUAAUGGACAUGUGUAAAGGACAGGGAAACAAACUCUUUAUCUCUUCUUUGUGAACCUUCCUCCCUGUGGAGAGGUUAAGAACAAGGGACCAUAGAUAGAUGAUUAAAAUGACUUCUUCACAAAGA